GCCUUGUUUGAUAUGAUGAAAGAUGAAACGGAAUAUGUAUCUAGAAAGCGAAGUAGGUACGAUAGUAAGUAUAUAUGCCCAGUACACCUCUCCAAUUCCCAAUAUCUACUCAGUCUCAACAUCCACGCAACUUCAAUAUCUUUAUCCACGCAUUUUCAAUACCGGCCAAUCUUGACAGUUACGCAUUCAACAUCACAUAUCUUUGAAAUGGCUGCCCCCUUUCCGCCUCCCUCCACCUCGGCAUAUGCACUCGGAACCUUUGUUGGCGGUGGCUGGAGACAAUGGGCAAAUGCUGCCGGAGAAGACUAUUACGAACGGGUAGAUACUGGGUCUACGCAGUUUGCAAUCCCGGCUGGGUGGGAGGAUGUAGCAGCGGUGUGUAUAUGCUAGAUCUUAACAGAAGCGAGCUGUGCUGAUCCCGUUCAGGACACAUGGACACUUGAUAUCUCCAAAUCUUGGGUGCAAUGGUGAGUGUCAAUCGUCAUCUGGAAUGCUUACAAGUAAUUGGAGAUCUCGAUGAGAAGUAAUUCCCUUGUCUCAUGCAGGCGCAACGCACGAACUGGACACGCCCAAUGUUCAAACGCACCUCCAACUUGUUGAAAGAAGUCCCGAAUCCCACGAGUUCUUGUACCGGAGGGCCUUCUUGGCCAUCUUGAAGCAUUUUUUCGUGGAGGCUGAAGGAUUCGAUGUUGUCCAGGAGGAGUCGCUUGGGGAGACAACUGUCGGUGAAACACAGGCAGACAUGUCGGUGCUCAAAA